GUUCGAACUGUGAAGUGAAGUGCACCUGUUUGCUUGCUUGCUGCUACGCGCAUGAAGAGUGGCGAGCCUCAUCUCUUCUGCGGAUUUUCUGCGGUCAGCUGUGAUGGCGGCUGGCAGUGAGUGAGUCUCAGUGGUUUACGCACGCGAAUUUCACCGUUACCGACCGCAACUGUUGUGGAUUUCGCGAAACCUUGAUUACUGUGUGUGUGUGCGGUUUGAUCUUCCGAUCAUCACUUGAGGCGGGUUGAGAACAAAAACAAAUUCCUUGGGGCGGUGUUGAAACAUUGUUGUGACAGCCGUAAAUAAAACGGCGCUAGAAGAAACAGAAAACGGGUUCACUGUUCGUUUCCCCCGCAAGUCACUUGAACUCUGCCUAAUUUCAGUGGGAUUUUUUCCUAUUUCGGGGAAUCAUUGUUGGCCUAAUGUGAAAGGUGAAUGCUGUAACGGGAGAAAUUUUGCUCGAGCACUGAGCAUGUGGUAAAGUUAACUCGCGCUAAGCUAAGCGUUGUGUGUUCGGUACGAAGCCGAAGAGAAAUCGUGUACUUCAUAGGCGUGUGUGAAACAAGCGGAAACAUUCCGGAAGGUAUUUGAAGAGUUCUCCUUCGUAGCGAACCUCUUACAAUAAGCGGCGAGAAAGGGAGAGAGAGAAAAACUGCCGAACAGAAGAAAAAAUCAAUCGGGAAUCUCGGGAGUUGAUCGCGCGGUGACCCAAGUGUGGCUUGAUCCUGUCCUGUGUGUGUGUGAAUGCGCGCGCGGAGGAAAACGCGCGAUUGAUAAGGGAGCGACGCACGGAACAGAUUCUACGAGGCAUAACCGUUGUUCCGUUUGUUGGUGGAAUAGCAGCAACAGCAAAAAAAAAAACAGCAAAACAACAAUUUCCUGAACAUCGAAGUGCGGUCCUCCGGUGUUGAAGCAGUAGCUGGCAGCAGCAGCGGUGUGCCAAAAUCGACUGAUGACGUAUACUACAGAGUGUGGAGUGGACGGUUUACUGUCAGUUUACAACCGGUGGAAACUAUUUCUGGGAUAAGCUAGAAACAAUAAUAACAACAACAACAACAGAAACAACAAAAGUGCAAAGUGAAUUUUAGGCCAACAAAAAUCAAAACCUGGUGCUCUUUUUUUCUUUUCUGGCUUCUAAUGAAACGAAGAAAACGUUCCGAUUUGUCUGUGUGUGCGUGCGUGGCUAUCCGGAAAAUGCUCGCAAAAGAAUAGCGGGAGUUUGUGGCCAUCCAGUGGGAAUUGAAUCUAUGCGCGCGGGCUAUUUAUAUGAUCCAGAACCGAUGAUGAACGCGAUGAUAAUGAUGAUGAUAUGAAUUGCCCGUCUGCACAAAAUUUGGAGAAUCGCUGCCGCCACCGCCACCGCCCCCGGAUUGUGGAUGGUGGAGCACUGAAGCUGUUGCUGCUGCUGCCGUUCGGCCUAUUCACUUACUAGCGCAUCCGUAACGAUUGAAUGAACUGACUGUACAAGUGAUACAGCUGUGAAACAUAAAAGCAGAUUUUAAAAACACACGAAUCACACGGUAGAUUUCGAAGGCCUUCAAAAAUGGGUAACUCGGGUAGCAUGAACGGUUUACCCGGGUACGACGAUGCCUAUCAUCACACUCAGUACCACAACCAGCACCAGCGGUAUCAUGAUAUGCUCCGAAAUGGCCAUCGCGGAGCCCCGCCCGGUUGGUUGGAGUCCUAUCAGCGAGAACUUCGCGGUGGUGGCGGCGGCGGUCAUCGGACGUUCGACAAUCGCCACAACCAUGAACCACUGGGACAUCGCGAGUCCACCAGUAGUGGACCGAGUCUACCACCGCCGAUGAAGGUUCUUCCCGAUAUUCCCGGCAGGGUUGCGAAAUUGCGACCUACCAACAAUGGGAAUAUUCUGCAUGCCGGAGGCACCAUAAGCAAGAAUAACAAUCUACAACGCUCGAAGAGCAUCUCGUCACCAACGUACCAGCAACAUCAGCAGCAUCAGGAUAGCUUCGACGAAUCGGUUGAGAAUGGACUGCUGAACUCGUUGCCGUCGCACGUACUUAUGACCCGCUCGCGGACGCAGGUCAACAUGAUGGUUUCUCAGAGCCGACGGGACUUCGAAAAUUCUCCCUCGAGGCCGCGAGGUUUCGCACCCAACCAGAGAAAGCAAAGCUUCGAACAUGGGACACUGAAUGCGAAACGUUUUGGAUCGGAACCGGAUCUUAGAGUUGCCGGGGGUGGAAAUGAUCAGCAGGAUGAAAAUAUGAACGGCGGUGCCGCUCAGGGACACCGAAACAGUAAACCGGUUCAGUCGAAAAUUAUCAAGGGAAAGAACAAAAAGAAAGCGCCGGUUCCACCGGUGGUUAUAGAGAAACGCGAACCAGAGCUCAUUGAGAAGCAACGCAUUAUAGCCUACUCGCCAUUGCGGAAAACCAACUCGGAUGCUUCCUCAACGCUGCCAUCAUCGGACAGCAACAGCAACAAUCCAAGCCGCAAGUUACGCCUCUUCAAGACGCGUGCCGAAACGAAGAAAAACCUCAACAUCGCCAAACUGCCGGAAGCUUCCGACGCAAAAUACUCGAAAAAUACUCAACCAAACGCCGGCUUGAAACUUCAAGUCACGCCAACGAACAGCAGCAGUGCCUAUAAUAGACCGACCGGCCGCAAGGAACCGGAUUACAGUAUAGGCACCCUGGACAAACCCAAAUCCCGGCUGAACCCAACGUCGUUUUUCCGGCGGGAAAAAACCUUCGACAUUGGGGUACUCGAGCGUGAUCGUGUGCUCCGAACAGAACAUGUGCCAGAAAUCAAGCCGACUAUGUCGCCGCCGAUUUCACGACGAAAAUCCAUCGUCAAAUCUUUGCUGGAGAAAGAUCAACAGGAGCAACAGCAACAACAACAACUGCAAAAACAGCAGCAGCAGCAGCAGAAACAACAACUGCACAGAGUUGCUUCGGCAGAACCCAAAAUUAAGCCUAAAAUCCAAGAGGAGAAACGCAAGCAAUCGCAAUCGUCACCGGUUGUACCCCCGAUGACCGACUUCCAGAAAGAACUCCAACAGGCAACCAGGAAAAAGUCCACCCUCGCUGCGAGCAGCUCGAAUCCCAGUCAGCAAUCGCAGCCGAAAGCUCAACUGGGUCCGCGCAAGAGUGCCGACUCGAAACCAAUCGCCAAGUCGGAACAGCAGAAAAACAGUCUCAUCAUAGCAGUGGAACCAAAGUCGGACCCAGAGCGGGAGAUGACUUCCAUUAGCCCGCCACCUCCACCUCCACCGCUACCGAAGAGCAGCUUCUACUUCGGCAUGACCACGUCCGCUGAUCCUUCUAAGAAGGAAUCAAAAAUCUCCCCGACUGUUCUAACGAAGGCCAGAAUGAUCGAAACUCGCGUUGAUUCGGAUCCCGAAUCCAUGGAAGACGAUCGCGUUCGGUUGCUUGAUGAGCCCGAAGAUCCGGAAAUGGACAAAACGCAGCUGGAUGCAAUCGAUCGCUUCGCCGCUAGCCUACUGAAUGGCUCCAAGUUUCAUGCAUCCGGCUCGGAUUCGGCAGCCUCCUCUGAGGUUGACAUCCGAACCAACUCCGGUGAUGUCGACUCCGAAGGGCAGGAAAUUUCACUCAAACUUCGGCCAACGCUUCCCCGCAAACAGUUUGAAAUUCCACGCUUCAGUCCUGCUGCCGCCUGGCGGCUGUUGACCACCGAGGAUGAUUUUGGUAGAGAUGCCACAGAGCUGUUCCCAUUUGUGGAAAAGAAAACCAUGUUACGCAGCUUGGAGACCGUCGAUGCGGCUGCCGAAGACCGAAUCGAGCGCAUCUAUCGUGAACCUAUUCCUGGACUACAGGACAACAAAAGUGGGGAUAGUGGCAUUUCGGGCGAUGCCGGACUUCCUGAUAUUGGAGAAACGCAGAUGCACACUUCGAGCAAGGAACGCGAUUCUCCGGAAAGUUCCCCAGUGGAUGACACCACGAAUAACGCCUGGUCCGCGAGUGCGCUCCGAUUACAACCGUGGACGCCGCAGCAGGAUUUGGAGGAUGACGAUGACACGACCGGGAGCAGCGACAAUCGGCAGCUGAUCGAGGAAACUCCGCUUAGCAGCGGACCGAAUGAUUUCUCCAGCAAGGGACACUUGUUCAGUCUAUCGUUGCCACGUGAAACGCACCUAUCGAUAUACGCAGGAACAGGAAACAGUGAAAAGGCUGAGAAACAAAUGUUUAACAGUCUGCAAAAAUUGCGCAAAUCUGUGUCGGAUGCGUUCACGAGCGAUGCGGACGUCAGUCCACUGGAGAGUGGCGAUAAUUGGUUCCUCUCCCGGCUGGAGUCUCCGGCAGUCACUAAGCCGUACGAAAAACGCCAGCUCAGUCCAACAACUCCCAAACAGUCGCCUCCGGAAACCCCGGCCAACGGACUGAAGAAGGAAGAAACACAAUUCGGAAAACCGGCAAAGCAUUCCGCUAUUUCCUACGUUGUAAGUGGAAAGCACAUGAUGUACCUGCCGAAGGAUGCAACCAAAGUGAUGUUAACAAAUGGCAAAAACGACCAGAACAACAAUAGCGUGCCAGCAGAAACGCCACCCGUCACUAGUAGCAAAUUUCACUCGGAGAAGCGAAGGGAAAGCAAGCAAAACAUGCAGGAUCCGGUGCCCGAUCCGGAAGAAAGUUUUCCGGUAAAAAUUAGCCACCGCAAGAACCAUCGGUUCACCUUCCAGAGUACGAUCCGGCAGAUCGAGAAACGGCGAGUAGCGGAGAAGCUAUCCCGCGAGGCAGAAAUCAAAGAAGCGAUGCGACUGAGCGAAUUGGAAGCGAUGCGACGAGUCGAGGAAGAGUUCCAGAAGAAGCGAGCCCGCGAGAAGGCCUCCAUCCGGCAUCAGCUGCGAUUGUUUACGAUGGAGGAGUCCGGUCAGACGUACGAUGGCAACGAGGAGGAUGAGGCUAUCGAGAUAAACAAGCGAAACGAACUGGACGUGGAUCAGACGCCCCAGCCGCCCAAAACAAACGGUCUGUACCGGAAGAAAGAAUCGGCUUCGGAGCGGGCGCCCUACAUGAAUGGCCAAUCACGCCGGCUGAGUCAAUCACGCUUCCACGGGGGACUAGAGCGGAAGUACUCCGGCGGUAGUGGUGGUGGUGGUGGGGAGCAUCUGAAUGAGGAUUUCAAUAGUGACGAUGACGACGAUGAAGAAGACGAUGUCGGUAAAAUGCACAACAACUCCAAUGGCGGUGUCGCAGAUAAUGACGACCGGGACGAGGACGAUGACGUGGAUAGUAGCCUAGGGUACAUCGACACCCGGACACCGUACAUCUCGCGGAUCAUCCAGGCCAAGAGCAGUAAAAGUUAUGGUGCACUGAAGAAAUGAGGGAGCACCAGGAUCGAAAGCAACGGCCCAUCUAGUCAUCGAGAAUGUGUGUGUUGUUGCAGUUAUUUUAUUAGACAAAAUCUAUUCCGGCAAAGCUCAAACAUUCGAAGCCCACAACGUACUCAGCCUUUAGCUACUCGCGAGGAUCUAUAUUCAUACGUAGGCUAAGCGAAGCGAAACGUGUCGCGGAGGACGCGUUUUGGUUAUAUUUGUUUCUUUUUUUAACCGAAUCAAUUAUCCACAAUAAAUAUGAUUAUUUUUCCUUCAAUUAACAUCGAGCUGCAUGUUAUUUAGUAUAUAAGGUUCACUAACAUCCGUGAAAGAGAAGGUUCAAUAAAUAAAAUGUUCAGUUCUUCAA